GCGCUGAUUGACGGCAGGAGCAGGGCUGCCCCGCCUCCCGCGCGCCUGGUGUUCAAGAUGGCGGUCGCUGCGCUGUGAGCCCCGAGCGUACACUGGCCUCCUACGCGUGUAACAACCAGUGCCGGUGGCCCCGUCCCCCACUGCCGCUCGCCAUCAUGCCCAACAUCGUGCUCUUCAGCGGCAGCUCCCACCAGGACCUCUCGCAGCGCGUGGCCGACCGGCUGGGGCUCGAGCUGGGCAAAGUGGUCACCAAGAAGUUCAGCAACCAGGAGACAUGUGUGGAAAUUGGAGAAAGUGUGAGAGGUGAAGAUGUAUACAUCAUCCAGAGCGGCUGUGGUGAAAUCAACGAUAAUUUGAUGGAGUUAUUGAUCAUGAUCAAUGCCUGCAAGUUUGCAUCAGCAUCUCGAGUCACAGCAGUUAUUCCCUGUUUUCCUUAUGCAAGACAAGACAAGAAGGAUAAGAGUCGUGCCCCAAUCUCAGCCAAGCUGGUGGCCAAUAUGUUGUCAGUUGCUGGAGCUGAUCACAUCAUCACCAUGGAUUUACACGCCUCUCAGAUACAGGGUUUCUUUGAUAUUCCUGUCGACAACCUAUAUGCAGAACCAGCAGUACUGCAGUGGGUGAAGGAGAACAUUAUAGAUUGGAAAGAUUGUAUAAUUGUCUCACCAGAUGCUGGAGGAGCUAAAAGGGUGACAUCAAUUGCUGAUCGUCUCAAUGUUGAAUUUGCUUUGAUCCAUAAAGAAAGAAAAAAGGCAAAUGAGGUAGAUCGAAUGGUACUUGUUGGGGAUGUGAAAGACAGAGUAGCCAUUCUUGUGGAUGACAUGGCAGACACCUGUGGAACAAUAUGUCAUGCUGCUGACAAGUUGAUCUCUGCUGGCUCUACCAGAGUUUAUGCUAUUCUUACUCACGGAAUCUUCUCCGGGCCUGCUAUUUCCCGAAUAAACAGUGCUGGUUUUGAAGCUGUUGUUGUAACAAACACCAUUCCACAGGAAGAAAAAAUGAAGUAUUGUCAAAAGAUUAAGGUCAUUGAUAUAUCUAUGAUCCUUGCUGAGGCAAUACGAAGAACCCAUAAUGGUGAAUCCGUGUCCUAUUUGUUUAGCCAUGUUCCAUUGUAAGGCAUUCAAAUUUAGCUUUGCUACAUUGCUCUGAACUAAAAUGCUGCUGGGCUACAUUGCUGGAAAAGUAGUCAUUUCUUACUGUUUAAGCAGAUUUAGCUUAGGAGUUUUAUUUUGUAUCAAACUGCACAAAAUGGCAUUCAUAAUGGUACAAAUUGAAGUUGAUCGCAUGACAACUAUCCAUUUUUAUAAUAAUAAUCCUUGCAUUUGAUAUAGCCCUUUCACGUCGG